GUAAUCAGACAGCACUUCACAUCUCGAGCUGUAUUCUACUGGACACAGCGUUACUUAUUUAAAGAACACAACUUAAAUAAGCAAACAGAAAUGAAAAUAAAAACACUGGACAUCCGGCACACAUGCGGUACUCGAGGCUCAAGUGACUGCAGACUGUUCACAACAAAAACAAAAACAGCUUGCUGAUCUUAAAGGAGCCACAUCUUAUUUCACUCGUUACAUGUGAAAUGCCUGAGCUUCUUGAUAACCAGCCCUACGACGAGACUCUGGACAUCAGCAACUCAGAAGAGCUGGCCAGUUUGGACACACGUACUCCACGGCAAGCAGUCUUAAGGAACACAAGCCUACAGCAGCUGAAUUACAUGGCCAGUAGUGGCAAUGAUGAGUCUGAAGACAGUAUCAAGCAAAAAAAGACAGGACCACCUGCUAGACCAUGUGAACCAGCUGAAACUGAUGAUGAGGAUUAUGAUGAAGAGGAUGAUGAUGAAGAGGAUUCUGAUGACACAGAGUCAGAUGAAGAUGAUGGGGAGCCAAGACCAGCUCCAGAAGGGGCAUAUGAUCCAUCAGAUUAUGACCAUCUCCAUGUCUCAUCAGAUAUAAAAGACAUUUUCCAGUUCAUCACACGAUACACACCUCAGAACAUUGAACUGGAUCAUAAGCUGAAGCCUUUUAUUCCAGACUUCAUUCCAGCUGUAGGCGACAUUGAUGCUUUCCUUAAAGUUCCUCGGCCGGAUGGGAAGGUGGAUGGUCUGGGCUUGGUAGUGUUGGAUGAACCAUGUGCUAAGCAAUCAGACCCAGUGGUGCUCUCCAUGGGGCUUUCUGAGAACAGUAAACAGCACAAUGUCGCUGAAGUGAAGGUGAAGAGUAUCGAGAGUGCACAGAAGAACCCAAAAGCUAUUGAUGACUGGAUAGAUAGCGUCAGUGAACUCCAUCGCUCCAAACCUCCAGCCACAGUACUUUACACCAGACCCAUGCCAGACACUGAUACCCUGAUGCAAGAAUGGCCACCUGAGUUUGAAGAGCUUUUUGGCAAGCUGAACCUCCCCACAGCAGAUAUUGACUGUGACCUGGAAGAGUACAUCGACACAAUUUGCGGUAUCUUGGACAUUCCAGUAUACGAGAGCCGAAUCCAGUCUCUCCAUGUCCUGUUCUCACUUUAUUCUGAAAUCAGAAACUUCCAGCCUGAGCUUAUUGCUAAGCCACCCAACAACAAGACUCUGGACAUCAAUGACUCAGGAGAGGUGGCCAGUUUGUACGCACCUACUCCAUGGCAAGCAGUCUUAAGGAACACAAGCCAACAGCAGCUGAAAAGCAUGGCCAAUAGUAGCAGUGAUGAGUCUGAAGACAGUACCAAGCAAAAAAAGACAGGACCACCUGCUAGACCAUGUGAACCAGCUGAAACUGAUGAAGAGGAUGAUGAUGAUGAGGAUGAUUCUGAUGACACAGAAUCAGAUGAAGAUUAUGGGGCCCCAAGACCAGCUCCAGAACGAUACACACCACAGACCACUGUGAUGGAUAAACCAUGUGCUAAGCAAUCAGACCCAACGGUGCUCUCCCCGUGGCUUUCUGAGAACCGUAAACAGCACAAUGUCACUGAAGUGAAGGUGAAGAGUAUCAAGAGUGCACAGAAGAACCCAAAAGCUAUUGAUGACUGGAUAGAUAGCGUCAGUCAACUCCAUCGCUCCAAACCUCCAGCCACAGUACUUUACACCAGACCCAUGCCAGACACUGAUACCCUGAUGCAAGAAUGGCCACCUGAGUUUGAAGAGCUUUUGGGCAAGCUGAACCUCCCCACAGCAGAUAUUGACUGUGACCUGGAAGAGUACAUCGACACAAUUUGCGGUAUCUUGGACAUUCCAGUAUACGAGAGCCGAAUCCAGUCUCUCCAUGUCCUGUUCUCACUUUAUUCUGAAAUCAGAAACUUCCAGCCUGAGCUUAUUGCUAAGCCGCCCAACAACAAGACUCUGGACAUCAAUGACUCAGGAGAGGUGGCCAGUUUGUACGCACCUACUCCAUGGCAAGCAGUCUUAAGGAACACAAGCCAACAGCAGCUGAAAAGCAUGGCCAAUAGUAGCAGUGAUGAGUCUGAAGACAGUACCAAGCAAAAAAAGACAGGACCACCUGCUAGACCAUGUGAACCAGCUGAAACUGAUGAAGAGGAUGAUGAUGAUGAGGAUGAUUCUGAUGACACAGAAUCAGAUGAAGAUUAUGGGGCCCCAAGACCAGCUCCAGAACGAUACACAACACAGACCACUGUGAUGGACAAACCAUGUGCUAAGCAAUCAGACCCAACGGUGCUCUCCCCGUGGCUUUCUGAGAACCGUAAACAGCACAAUGUCGCUGAAGUGAAGGUGAAGAGUAUCAAGAGUGCACAGAAGAACCCAAAAGCUAUUGAUGACUGGAUAGAUAGCAUCAGUCAACUCCAUCGCUCCAAACCUCCAGCCACAGUACUUUACACCAGACCCAUGCCAGACAUUGAUACCCUGAUGCAAGAAUGGCCACCUGAGUUUGAAGAGCUUUUGGGCAAGCAAAAAAAGACAGGACCACCUGCUAGACCAUGUGAACCAGCUGAAACUGAUGAAGACGAUGAUGAUGAUGAGGAGGAGGAUUCUGACGAGACAGAGUCAGAUGAAGAUGAUGGGGAGCCAAGAACUGCUCCAGAACGAUACACAACACAGACCACUGUGAUGGAUAAACCAUGUGCUAAGCAAUCAGACCCAACGGUGCUCUCCCCGUGGCUUUCUGAGAACCGUAAACAGCACAAUGUCGCUGAAGUGAAGGUGAAGAGUAUCAAGAGUGCACAGAAGAACCCAAAAGCUAUUGAUGACUGGAUAGAUAGCAUCAGUCGACUCCAUCGCUCCAAACCUCCAGCCACAGUACUUUACACCAGACCCAUGCCAGACAUUGAUAACCUGAUGCAGGAAUGGCCACCUGAUUUUGAAGAGCGUUUGGGCAAGCACUAA